CAAUCUACAAAUCAAUUGGCAAGUGGAGUUUAACGGGGCCCAUCGAUUCAGGGAAGUGAAAAACCCUAGGGGUUUAUCACAGAAGUUUGAAUCAAACGUCUUUUAUUCUUGCAUUGAAGGGGAGGGAACGACGAUCUGCCAUUCUAUCGUCAUUUCAGUGGAGAUGAGUGCAAUUGAGAGCAGUUCAAUGGACUCUUUAAUCUCUUCUCUGUCAAACAGCUUCAAACAAGUCCCUUUGGCUGCUAUCCCUGCAAUGCUUGAUUGCAUUUUAACGUCCACAGGCAUUUCUCCUUCUUCCCUUUACGCUUCGCUUCUUGAUUCGUUCCCUAACCUCAGCAAGGAUCUUAUCAAGGAGGAUUCUGGUCAAUAUGACUAUCUUUUGUCAAUGCUGGGAGCACUUUGUCAUCUUCUGAAGAAGCUCAGGAUUAAUCCUAAUAUCGUUCAUUCAUUUAUCUGGAAAUGUUUUAUUCCAUUAAUGAAGAUGGUUCAUGCAUUUGAACGUGAGAUGCUUAACCAGAUUGCAGACUCAUUCUUUGAUGUUGUGAACUCGACUAAUUGCUGGGGUGUUUUAGAAGCAACUUUAGUGCCUUUUUUUCUGAGAUCAGCAGGCAUUUCUAUGGGCAUGGUUCAAAAUGAAGAAUCAGAUAUCUUUGAAUGGGAUCAGGAUUCAGUUUUGCAGGGUUUAAAUGGAAUGACAGAUGAUUUGCAUCUGGAUAAAGAGUCCUUGCUGUCUCUAUCUGAGCCUUUUCCACUGUCCACAUCAUGCCAUGUUUUAACCUUAAUACUGGAUUCUGCUCUACGAAGUUUCCAGGCUGCUACAAGUGCAGAAUUAGUGUUGGAAAAUGGGUCUGGUAAUGCAGAAAAGCUGUUCAUUAAAUUACUUUGGGAUUUAAGUUAUAUGACUGGGCGAAUGUUUUCACAAAGUUUGGAACACCGGUCCUGUGCAAUUAGCUUUCUUCUUCCUAUCCUUUUCAAAGUUUUUGCUUCUCAUCCCUUUUUGGAAAUCUCAGUUCAUGGGAGGGCAUGUGUUCUUUCUAGGAACCUUUUCUCUAGGAAUAUAUGGAAGUGCUGCAGAUCACUGUUUUCUCUUGGACCUUUAGAGAGAAGAGAUGCCUAUCGUGCACUUUCUCUAUGCUUGUCCUUUUCCUCUUGUAUGGAAGGAUUUGAAAAGUCUGAUGCAAGCGUUCAAGCAGAAGAAUUUGACGUGAAAGCUGAAACAGAGUUUUGGGAUGAAAUAAAAAGAGGCCUGGUUGAUGAGGAAAGCUUAGUGAGGAAGCAAUCGUUACAUAUAUUGAAAAGCAUAAUGCAAACGAGUGGAGAAAGCCAGAGCGACUCUUCUGUUUCAGAUAAGAAGUCAGGAAAGAAACAUUCAGUUCCUCCUGGUAUGACAAAGAGGGCAAUGUGGGCUGACAAGGAAGCUAAAUCACUGGGUGUAGGGCAACUUUAUAAUUUGGUUGAUUCUCCUUUAGACAGCCAGCAACAGUGGGAGGCAUUUAUACUCCUAUAUGAAAUGCUUGGAGAGUAUGGUACUCAUCUGGUAGAAGCCGCUUGGGAUCAUCAGAUAAACUUGCUGCUUCAAUUUUCUGUUUCAUAUGAUAAUUUUGCUAGCUCUAUUUGUCGAGUAGUCUGUCAAAAUCAGAUUGAAACUUCAAGCGAAUUGUUCAGUUGGUUAACAAUUUUAUGGCGACUGGGUUUUGGCCAUGAUAAUCCCCAAGUUAGGUGCUUGAUCAUGCAGUCAUUUUUGGGCAUCGAGUGGAUGAAGUACGGAAACAUUGCAAAAUCAGUUCCAAAAAGUUUUAUUCUUGGUCCAUUACUUGAAGGAUUAAAUGACCCUGUGCACCACAAAGAUUUUGGUGUAAAGGGAGUUUACACUUCAAGGACUAUUGGAGGUGCAGCCACAUUUUUGUUUCAGUAUACUAGACACCUAAACUUGAGGAAAGGAAUCAUCUUUUUGCAUAGUUUAGCAUCCAUUGCUAAACAUAAGUCUUUUGGGAGAGCUGGAUUAAUGGCCCUUGCUGAAUGUAUUGCUUCAGCUGCUUGUGGAGUAGGAAUACAGGAUGACAAGAAAGCUGAAUGGAGCGAAGAUGCUUUUCCUCAUGAGGCUCAGCUGGAAUCUUCUUCAAAAAUUUUCAAUGACAUUGAUGAAGCGGACUUACUAGAUGUUUUGAGAUUUGUCAUUGAGAGCAGCAAACAGCAUUUCAACCCUAAUUAUCGUCUUCGAGGUCUCUGGAUAGAUUGUGAUAUAUCAUAUAUGUAUUAUUUUAAGAUUUACACUGCAACAUCAAAGGCUAUGGCAAUUAUUUUGGUAAACUUUUUGGCAUUUGCAGUUUGCGAGAAAGUCCUGGAGGCUGCUGCUUCAGUUGUCAAUACAUUUGAUAUGCCUCUUGAGAUUCUCUUGCACUUUGUUUCAACAGUGCCACGGGAAUUUACCGAUUAUGGGGGUUCCUUAAGGGUAAAAAUGCAAGAAUGGCUUUUGGGGGCUGAUAAGGAACACCACAGUUCGCAUAACUGCAGUGCUAAGCUUCAGCUUCUGAAAAGCCUUCAGGAAUUCCCAGAAAAGUUUUCAAGUUCUCAAUUCUCGGAUGAUGCUUUCUUUAGUUUUGAUGAUGAAGACUUAGAUGUAUGGGAAUCUGAAGUGAAAAGAUGGGCAAGAGUGCUUUUUCUUGUAAUGCUGGGGGAAGAUCAUUUAGUUCCUAUAUUCACGUUUGUUCACAGUUGUGGAAUUAGCAUCUGCAAACACUACAAUCGUGUUGGUUGGACACCUGUGAAGUUUCUUGUCCUUACCAUUAACCUGGUUGUAGAGAUUCAAACUAUGCAAGAGAUAGCACUUGAACGUCGUAGCAGAAUUAGAUCUCAGUCAGAAAUUAGCUCGGUUGAGACAGUAGAUCAGUUGGAAUAUGCAGAAGCUUCUGUAGUUUGCAGAAAAUUUUCUGAUCUCUUUCUGUCAAUACUAGAGGAGCUGAUCUCUUUUGCUAGCAUGUCUUGUUCCAUUUUCUGGACGAGUGUUGUGAAGGACACAACUUUACCAAGUUCUUUGAGAGGAAAACUUGGAGGCCCUAGUCAACGUCGAUUGUCAUCUUCUACCACCACUGCUGUGCUGGAAGCUAUAACAUCAACUCGAGCAGUUGCAUCUAUCACAUCAUGGUGUGCACAGUUUAAAAGUGAUGUUCAGCUCAAGUUUGCCAGGACGUUUAUGUGGAAAUUCUUUUGGAAGACUGUUUCAUCUUCAUUCUCUGAUUCUGAGAGUGGAGCAGAAGUUUUUGUAGCAGCAUAUGAAGCAUUAGCUCCCAUUCUGAGAGCACUAGUAUCCACAUUCUCUCCUCUAGAUUUGGAUCCUAUUAGAGAAAAUGACAAAUCAUCAUCUUCUGCAGAAGGCAAGGCUUGGUUAGAUCCUUUGCUUCUCUCUUUCCUUCAAAAUAUCAACAAUCUUCUUGCAGUUGGAGUACUGGUGCGGACAAGAAGGGCAGUUCUGCUGAAUUGGAAGUGGCGUUGCCUGGAAUCUCUGCUGUCUAUCCCUUGCUAUGCUCUUGAGAAUGGGAUUCUUUUAGAGAAUAAUAGAUCAUUGUUCUCAGAUGCAGCAGUCAGAUGCGUUUUUAGUGAUCUUGUUGAGAGCCUCGAGAAUGCUGGGGAAGGUUCUGUUUUGCCAAUGUUGAGAUCCAUAAGAUUGACCUUGAGCCUUUUGGCCGCUGGAAAGUCAGGUUCACUUGUUUCCUCAUGCAAUGGUGUGGAUGCCCAGAUGAUGUGGCGUUUGGUUCGUUCCUCUUGGAUAUUGCAUGUCAACAACAGCAAGCGGAGGGUUGUGUCUAUUGCUGCACUUUUAUCGUCUGUCUUGCACACUUGUGUGUUUGCUGAUGAGGGGAUGCAUUUAAUUGACGAUGAACCUGGACCUCUUAAGUGGUUUGUUGAAAACAUUCUCGAGGAAGGUACAAAAAGUCCUCGUACAAUUCGUCUUACGGCAUUGCAUUUAACAGGGCUGUGUCUUUCACAUCCAAGGAUAAUUAAAUAUUACAUAAAAGGACUAAAGCUGCUUACACUUUAUGGUUCCGUUGCAUUUGAUGAGGAUUUUGAAGCUGAAUUGGCUGAAAAUCGUGAUGCAAGGACCGAAGUUUCAUUAUUGGCUAAAAGCCCUGAUCCUGAACUGACUGAAGCAUUUAUUAAUACAGAAUUGUAUGCACGUGUCUCUGUUGCUGUUCUAUUCUACAAGCUGUCUGAUUUGGUGGGGUCACGAAAUGAAAAUGGAGAUUGCUGUGCUGCUCUUGAAUCCGGCAAACUGUUUCUGCUAGAGCUUCUUGAAUCAGUGGUAAAUGACAAGGAUCUUGCAAAGGAGUUAUACAAAAAGUACAGUGGGAUCCAUAGGCGAAAAGUACGUGCUUGGCAAAUGAUAUGUGUUUUGUCUAGAUUUGUUGAUGAUGAUAUAGUUGGGAGAGUGACAAGCAGCUUGCACAUAGCCCUUUAUAGAAACAACUUGCCUGCUGUUCGGCAAUACUUGGAGACUUUUGCAAUUAAUAUUUACUUGAAGUUUCCUUCAUUGGUUGGGGUACAAUUGGUUCCUAUAUUAAGAGAUUAUGACAUGAGGCCACAGGCUCUUUCUUCCUAUGUGUUUAUAGCAGCUAAUAUUAUCCUUCAUGCAUCUGAAGAAUUUCAAGCCAGGCAUUUGGAUGAAUUACUUCCUCCUGUAGUUCCAUUGUUAACCUCACAUCACCACAGCUUACGGGGUUUUACUCAGUUGCUUGUUUACCAAGUUUUUUUAAGAUAUUUUUCUCAAUUGAACUUUCAAGCCUCUGAAGCCAUGUCUUUGGAGAAAAGGUGCUUUGAAGAUCUGAAAUCGUACCUGGAAAAGAACCCUGAUUGUAGUCGAUUACGAGCAUCAAUGAAAGGGUAUCUUGAUGCUUAUAAUCCUGCUAUCUCCAGUACUCCUGCCGGAAUUUUUGUCAACCGCGUUGAGGAAAUUGAGUUUGAAUGCGUUCCAACGUCCCUCUUGGAAGAAGUUCUAAACUUUCUAAAUGAUGUCAGGGAGGACCUUAGAUGUUCAAUGGCAAAAGAUGUUGUAACUAUCAAGAAUGAGAGCUUAAACAUCAGUAAAGAUCCCGACUGCAGGAGUAUAUUACCUAGUGCAGCACCAAGUAAAGAAACAUCGCUUGAUUUUCAGAAGAAAAUAGUUCCUGCUAAACAUGAGAAAGAACAGGCUGAUUCAAGUUCCAUUUUGGCGCACACUGAAGAACAUAAACUGUUUAUAGAAAUGGAAAAGGAGGAUGAACUUCUCGAUCAGUCAUUUCAAUAUAGAAUUUUGACCAUGAAAAGAAUAAGAGAAAGCCGACAACAUCUUAUCCUUGUAGCUUCUUUCCUUGAUCGAAUACCUAACCUAGCUGGUUUGGCACGAACAUGUGAGGUAUUUAGGGCAUCGGGAUUAGCCAUUGCAGAUGCAAGCAUAUUACAAGACAAACAAUUCCAACUCAUCAGUGUGACAGCAGAGAAGUGGGUGCCCAUCAUUGAAGUCCCUGUAAAUAGCGUGAAGCAUUUUCUAGAAAAAAAGAAGCAAGAAGGCUUCUCUAUCUUGGGAUUGGAGCAAACAGCAAAUAGUGUGCCCCUUGAUCAGUAUGUCUUUCCUAGAAAGACGGUCCUGGUUCUUGGGCGUGAAAAGGAGGGCAUACCGGUUGAUGUAAUCCAUAUGCUGGAUGCUUGCGUUGAGAUUCCACAACUGGGAGUUAUUAGAUCGCUCAAUGUUCAUGUCAGUGGAGCCAUUGGGCUUUGGGAGUAUACUCGACAGCAAAGAUUUCAAUAGUUACUCAAUUUUGACAGUAUUUUAUCUCAAAUGUAUGUCUUAAAGCACAUUUACAUGAUACCUUCAGUGCUUACGAGCUGGAGGCUGAAUUUGUUGCUUCUGUAAUUCAUUUGUUUAACAUGUCCAGUUGCAAUGUUGUAGAAUCAGAUCAGGCUGUCUCCUCUUUGUUGCCCUUCUUGUUUAAGUGUAUGAAAUGGGGCUAAAGAAAAAUUGUAUUAUAUUCUAAUAACAGAGUUUCAUUUUUGGUUC